AUGAAUUUUAAUUAUAUUUUUAGUUUUAUAUACGGAUUAAUGCUGACCUCGCUGGAAUUAUUCCAGCCACUGCAGGGCGUGCACCCGGAUGCAGUGAGUACGCAUACUAAUCUAUCAGGAAAUAGUCAGAUAUUCGGAAUAAAUGAAGAUACAAGGUAUUUUAGCAGAAAACUCCUUGAUAACCCGGCAAUCACGCCCGAGAUAACCGGAGAUAACCUGAUUAAAACUCGAAUAGCCAGAAGUACUGCAAGAAAACACCAUAACCCGCAUAAAUCCCAAUUUAAAUAUGGCACUGCAUAUAAUAUGACACUAAGCCAUGUUAAGCCAAUUAAGAAGACAUUCCAUAAGGCGCCCAUCAUAUUCCAAGAAUGGCUUUCCUUAACACACUCCACUAACGCGUGUGAGAAAUAUAUUUCAAAACCCGAUAUAACCCGAGAUAACCCGUUUAUUGUCUUGGAAGGCGAAAUAAACCAGCAGAACACUCCAGGGACCAUGAAUAUAUGGAAGAAAUACACAUCUGAUAAUAUUUCCAUAGAUAUCCCAGAAAACACACAAUAUCCCUAUAAGGGAAACCAUGUCCUUGUGAAUUCUUAUUUUUCGGGCUUGGGUCUAGUGAAAAUACCGUUAGAUGGGAUGGAAUAUAUUAUAAGUAAAUCAAAAGACCCUUCUACGCACAUUCUUACAGUAAUGGAUAAAGAAUCAACAAAAAACACCUUUCCCAUGAUCACUUCCUUUGUGAUUUCAGGUAAUUCUGUCUCUGCGCCUGAUUAUAUGGUGUCUAGUGACAAAAAUAACCCGUAUAUAAUUGUAGACACAUCUAAGACGCAAAUAUAUACGGGCCUAUGGGGCUGCUGUAAUAAGGUGCAUAUGACAGCCGUAGACCCAGUGUAUGUGCACACUAAGGCUGAAAAUCCGAAUCUACACCACAUAAAUACUACCCUAAUAGAAAGCACGAAUAAUUACUUCAACAGUAAGCAGGGCCAAGAAGAACCUAAUAUAUUGGUGCAGAGUACGUUUGAAUUAGACCUAAAUAAAACGGUUAUAAUUGAAGAGAUAAAAAAUAACGGAAAAACAGCAAUAAUUCAUUUUGUUGAAAUAUUCCCGUCUAAAGAUAGAGUUAUGAUAGGGAGAAUAGACUCUUAUACGCCUGCUACAAAGGGCAUAUUGAAAAAGCAUGAGAAAAGCCCGAUAAAUAGAAGGCACAGGGUGAGAAAAGGACAUUCUACUGUGACAAUAUACCAGACCCUUAUAAACCGCAUGAAAAUGACAGGACCAGAGAAUGAAGACUUAAUUAACAAUAUACGCAUAUACAUAAAUACAAUAUACACGAAUUAUAAGCCAUCUGAUUCUGGCUUUUACCCGGAGAUAAAUAAUUUGCAGGCAGUUAAUUUAAAGGGUUUUCGUAGAAUCACAAAAAGAAACAGUUUUAAAGCCUUCACUUACGAAUUUUUGCAUUCAAUCAAAGAAUACUCUUUUCUUUUGGAUAUUUAUAAUAAUAUGAAUAAUAAUAAUAAUCCAUUUAGGAAAAACCAGUUAAACUCGAAAACGCAUGACAGAGAGCAUCUGAAGGUGCUGCAAGGAAUUCUAUCAUCGUCUAAGGGUCUUAAGCCCAUAAAAAAGAUCUCAUCGAAUAAGAUCCCGGGAAAGCAGAGAUUCCCAGAAAUAAUUCACGACACGGAAUUCUUUACGCAAUAUUGUGAUGGCCUAUCAGAGAUAGAGGGUUAUGACACAAUAGGCUUCAAGAAUGCAUCACUCCCAAUGCAUGCGGAUAAGAUGUUCUUCUACCUUUCUGAUGGAAGCACAUUAAAUAAUCAUAAAUUAAUUGAAGACUGGUACAAGGUCAUGACCUAUGAUGUGUACCCAGACAAUAAUGAUUUAUAUAGUGACAGCCAUACUACAGAUGUACUAGGUACUAAAAAUAACGAAACAAAAUCAAAACCCGUUAUAACCCGAUCUAAACCUGAAUCAGACUACAGAAAAAAUAACCAGAAGUACACAAAUCUGCUAAGUGUCCAUGCAAGCUACAAGCUUAGCUCCAUUGUGAAUAAAAUGCGCACCUUGGAGAACCUUGACUUAGCACACACUUUAAUUAAGUCGCACAAGAUUGGCUCCAAAAUAUUCUCAAAACUCAUGAAGCCCUACAUUGUAAACGUACUUUCCUUCUACCAGAUGUCCAUGAACCUAAAAUACGACAGUUUCAGGCAGUUCGUCACACCAAUCACUGAAACCCUCCAGGAAUACGACUUUAAUGAGCUGACCGUUUUAUUAACGGACAAAUUAAAGGAUUUUAGUCUAUAUCAAGCUAGACCAGACCUUAGUGCGCCCAAACCUCAAAAUACCCAGAAGAAGAUCGCAAAAACCCGAGAUAACCCGAAGGGAAAGAGUGCCGCCAUAAUCCUCCAUAAAAUGGUCACAAUCAUACAUAAAACCAUUGGGGUAAUGGACUUGUUCUCAUCGCACUAUUUAAAGUACCUGUCUGCUGUGGCAAACCAAGUCAUAGACCCAAACUACAACAUAGAAAUGCAAAAACUAGAGAACAUGAAGGCAUCACUAAGAAAUGACAACCUAAUCACAUAUUUAUUAGUAGCAAAUAAUAUGGACAUAAACCACAACCUAAAAAUAGUCCUAACUGAAACACUUAUUCCCAUGCAGACUAACCUCUUAAUACUCGCAAAUAAUGCACUAAAUAUUAUCUCCAAGAAUAUAUAUGCACAGUUACACCGUAGAUCACCUGCAGACCAAGAAGACCUUCUUGUCUUCAUGGAGAUCAGCAAGAAUAUUUUACUGAAGGAAUGGAUGCACCAAGUAUCCGAAUAUUCUAACUCAAUUAAAAUAUUCAACCACCUGCAAGCAAGCAUAAUACAAGGAGACAAUAAUCCUUCUGAAACAGGAAAUAUUCUAACGGAUAAUUUACUAGAUAAAUAUAUGAAUAUAAGGGCAUCUGCAGUGACUAGUCCGAAAUUAUACGACUGGGAGCCUGUCCCUACUAUUGUUAUCUCUGAAGAUAAUCUUUCUUCAAAUAUAAAUAAGCGAGACCUAUUUAUGACUGAAUUAAAGGCAAAUAGUACCCGUAUAUAUAAUAGUCCAAUUAGUGAAUUUCUGCUGGAAUCAAUUAAGAAAACUGUGCAGUCAGAAGAAUGUGCAGAAUAUAAGGCAGAGAUACAGAGUGAUUUAAUUAAGCAAUAUGAAGAGCAGAUCAGUAAUGCACCAGAUACAGCAGGAAAGAUAAUAAAAAGGGUAACCAGAAAUAAUCCAUAUAUAAGCCAAGGCAGUCGUGUUCUAACUAGCCAUAUGUAUAAUGUGGGAGAAAUGCGGCAUGUCUAUAUAUUUAAGGAUUCACCACACGAUGAGAAACCAGCUGCAAGCGAGUCUACUACGACUAAGCCCAUACAGACUAAUUAUAACAGUGUUCCUGAUAAGACUAAAUAUAACAGUAAGACUAUUAGUAGCGAUAGCCUGCCUAAGGCCAAUCCUAACAGCAACUCACCCCAGCCUAAUUAUAACAGUAACCCAUCUAAGACUAAUUCUAACAGUAACCCUACUAUGACCAAGUCUAACAGUAACCCAUCCCAGCCUAAUUAUAAAAGUAAUCCAUCUAAGACAAAUUACAACAGUAAUCCUACUAUGAAUAAUCCUACUAGUAGCCCAAGUGCUGCUGUACUAAAUGUACUUCCUGUUAUACCACAGAGUAACCUAACACAUAGUGAAAUAUCUGGGGUAAUUGAUGAGUUAGUGGAUAGUUCUAUUAUGGAAAGACUAAGUGAAAGCAUUCUCACAGAUAUCAUGAGUUCUUCAAAUAUCACACUCCCUAUGCUAUUCCAUGUCCCUGCAUACGCAAAUGGAAAGUACAGGAUGUACAGUGAAAAUAAUCGAGUAAUUCCAACAAUCCUUCACUCUAUGAUCACUUUCUCUGGGAAGGUGCAGAAUUAUAAAGUGUCCCAGGAUGACACAAAUAUAUUCACAAAUGCAACUUACUAUAAUGAAGCCAAGAAAUAUGCAAUUAAUUUGUUCUCUGAUGUGACAAAUAGGAUACAGGCUGCAGCCACAUAUAUUGGUCCAGAAGAUAAACAGUUUAAUCUGAACAGAUAUAAAAUUGCGAAAGUAUUAGAGCAUCUGUAUACGAUUUACGAGAAAGAGAUUCAUGGCAUAUUCGAUGGAAUCCCUAAGGAAUCUAUUCCUAGGUGCAGUAUGGUGCUUCCCCCUGGGAUGUGCAUUAAAAUCCUUCAGAAAAAUAUUGCUAUAAUUAACAACAUAAAGGGCCACAUAAACAAUAUAAGUAAAUAUCAUAGUGAAUUGAAUACUCCUGCUAUUCUGGCUGAGAAACUGCAUAGUUCAAUUAUUCCUGUGCAUGUAACUAAAUUCUUAGAAUUCUUUGGGGAGAAAAACCCAAGCAAAAUGGAUGCAAAUAGUGACCUUUUACAGUCUUUAUUGCUUGUGUAUAAUAACCCGGAUAAUCAAAAUAUUAUAAAGUUCUUUGAGUCUACAGAUUACAACAUUAGUAAAGGCCAGGAGAAAAUCGAAGCAUUUUUAAUGUUCUUUUAUCACCUGCAUGGGAAAACCCUAGCAGAACUGCAUGCAAAAAUGAUGGAGAAGAGUCUUUGUGUUGAAGACAAGCUCUCUUAUAACUAUGGGAAGAAUAAUGAAGAAUUUAUUAAUUUGGAUAAUAUAAAGAACCAUGCAGAACUAAUUAGUAAAAAUGUCAAUGAACUCUCAGCGAAUAUUAGAAGGAAGAUAGAAUCAGAUCGAUCAGUAAAUGAUUGA